ACACUCACACACCCGACUACAACAACAAGGCUGGCAGGCGAGCCGAGCUGGGAAGGAGAGAGUAGACGACGGUACCACAAGAGUAAGCAGGUAUGAGAAGAAAGCUGUUCUGAAGGCGGCGGCUUGCUUCAAGUCGUUAAGUUAACCGUCUCUUAAAUUUGUUGUCACCGCGGUUAAAGGUUCGCAAGUCCAACCGAGUUUUCUAGCAAGCAACAGCGAAGCUAACACGUUAGCCAACAAGCUAACACUGUUACCCUGGUUUCAUAAAGGAAAUCCAAGAACUAUCACCAAAGAAGAAUUCCCAUCAAUAUCGUUGGAAAGCACCAACUUCCCCCGCAGACGAGGCAGAUGUUGUAAAAGGGGAACAGCAGGGAGAGUAUUAGGUGUGUUUUUACUGAGUCCAGAAUGGAGAGGAUUUGAGGUAACUUUCUCCUCAGGUCAGUCCUGAGCUCAGGUUCUUCAGAGCCCACCCUGCUAGUAAUAUGAGCCAUGGACUCUUGGGCAGUUGAGAGUCCUGUAACCCUGGUCAUUAAGGCCCCCAACCAGAAGUAUGAAGACCAGACCAUUAACUGCUUCCUCAACUGGACUGUAGAGAGGCUGAAGAGUCACAUCUCCAACGUAUACCCCAGCAAGCCGCUGUCCAAAGACCAGCGGCUGGUGUAUUCAGGAAGGCUCCUUCAAGACCACCUACAGCUCAGAGAUGUGCUUAGAAAGCAGGAUGAAUACCACAUGAUGCAUUUAGUGUGUACCUCUCACAGUCCUCCAGCCUCGCCCGUGCCUCGGAGCCCUUCCACAGCUAACUCUUCUGCUUCUGACCCCAGUAGUUCACAAGCCGCGGCCUCGGCCUCCCCCGCCACCACACCAAGUCAGGACAGCCUGCCAGCUCCCUCUUCCUCUUCUGUCCCAGGAAGUUAUGAUGGCCUGAGGUAUCGCAGCGGCUUCGCCCAGUACAACCCCCAGGGCCCCGCUGGUGUCCCUCAGUGGCCAGAUGGAGCCCAGGUCCCUUUACAAGGCGACCUCCCUGCCAACAUGCCCCCCCACCCCAUGUACAUGCCCAUGCAGAUGCUGUGGUGGCAGCAGAUGUAUGCACGUCACUACUACAUGCAAUAUCAAGCAGCAGUAGCUGCCUCUCAGCCUCCCAACACCCCCCCUCCUUCCUCUCCCUCCUCCUCGCCCCAUCAACCCGCCCAGCCCAACGAAGCCGUGCAGCCCCCUCUGGGGCCCAACCCAGCUGCCAACCCUUUACCUGAGAACCAGCCGGCCAACCCCAACAUCCAGAUGAAUGCGCAGGGCGGGGCAGUGAUGAACGACGACGAGCUAAACCGUGAUUGGCUAGACUGGUUGUACACUGUGUCUCGCGCCGGCGUCCUGCUUAGCAUCGUUUACUUCUACUCCUCUUUUAGCCGCUUUGUCAUGGUGAUCGGCGCUAUGCUGCUGGUCUACCUGCACCAGGCCGGUUGGUUUCCCUUCAGGCCAGAGCAGCAGAACCUCAGAGGAGGAGAACAGGCCAGGCCUCCUCAGGAGGAAGCAGAGAGACAUCAAGACAUACAGGAAAUGGAACGUCUGAUGGAUGAGGGGCUGGAGGAGGACGACAGCGGUGAGGAAGGAGGUGGAGGCCCUGAGGACCCGGCCCAGGCUGCUGCCGCUGCUCUCCCAGAAUCGAGCUUCCUGACCACCGCAUGGUCCUUCAUCAGCACCUUCUUUACCUCGCUCAUCCCAGAGGGACGGCCCCAACCGGCCAACUAGGCAGACACUACCCCCUCUGCCCCUACUCUCACACACCCCUCUUCCUUCUGCCAGCAGGUACCACUCUACAGAAGUAUCACAACUCCCACUUUCGUCUUUACUGUCUCCCGCCCCCCGGUUCAAAUACCCUUUUAUCCCAGUACAACCCCUGCCAGUCGGCUGCAACCUCGACCGAUAUUUAAAACAGGCUCGUCUGAAGUUUAAGAGCCAAUACAUUGUGAGUUCUGCAGAAGGGCAUGAUAAUAAACGAACAUGUAGAAAAUAAAUCUCGUGUUGUGUUAAUGGAGUAAAUGCUUCUUCAGCAGUGAAAGUAAUUUUUUUUUUUUCCUCAUCAAUCGUGUAUUCGUUGAGGCGUGUCGAUGGCGAGAGACCUUGAAGGGAGCUGUCUUCCAUUUUGAGCAGUGGUAAAUACAUGCUUUUGAAACUUCUAAAUCACGGAUGUGACCCAAAAAUAAAUAUUAUGGAAUCUCCUUAGAUUAAGAGGGAGAUGUGUCGUUAACCACCCAUGAAAACCACAUCCCUAGAGACAUUUUCAUGUAUGCACGCGAUGUGCAUAAAGACAUUGCAGCUACUGAAGCACAUUGUUCUCCCACUUUGUGUAUUUGAACAUUAUUUACUCAUGUAAUUAUAUGCAUCUUUAAUUUCUGAAUAUAUGCUUUUUGAAUAAAAAUCUUGCUGCGGUU